AUGAGCGACGACUUCGUCCGCUUGGUCUCUCAGGCCAACCCAGCCUCUCGCCAACAAUACCAGCCCGCAAACGGCGGCUACCCUCCCUCGUCCUCCCCACCACACGCUAUGGACCCCUUCUUCGACGAUGACGACGACGUCCCCGACUCUGCCUUUGGCCGGCCGGCUGCUAUGCAGUCCAAGGAGAGCGGCCUCCCCCUCGCUCGCUCAGGCGCACCUCCAGCUGGCUUCGGCAACUCGCAGCUCAGUCUCCCCACCACCAUUCCGCCAGACUCAUGGUCUUUCGACGACGACCAGCCCUCCUCCAAACCCUUCACUGGCUCCGCAUCCUUCCCGGGACCUUCAGGAUCAAGCUCUGCGUCCCGGACACACAAACGCGCGCCGUCGAAGUCGUUCAAGAAACGCCUGGGGGACAUCAAGUGGCCGUGGCAGCGCAAGGAGAAGGUGCUUACUGGGAACAGGGUCAUCGCGCUCAACAACCCCGAGGCGAACGCGGAGUUCUGCAACAACUACGUCUCGACGAGCAAGUACAACCUCGCGAGCUUCGUCCCCAAGUUCCUCCUCGAGCAAUUCUCGAAAUACGCCAACUUGUUCUUCCUCUUCACCGCCCUCAUUCAGCAGAUACCCGACGUCUCUCCAACAAAUCAAUAUACGACCAUUGCCCCUCUUGCUGUUGUACUACUCGCAUCGGCAUUCAAGGAGACUCAGGAGGACUUGCGUGCUGUCGCUAUUGACGUGACGGGCAUGGGCACUGCGUACGGUAGACGGUCUCGCACGCACAGCAUUCCGCAUUUCUCGGGGACAGCGACGUCAACGAACGGGUUCUCCGCGCCGCCAACCAUCGCACGUAGCUCGUCGAAAGACCGCCAUGCCUCCUUGUCGUCGUCUCCAUCACCGCGGUGGCUCUCGUCGACGACGUCAGCGUAUGCCACACCGCCGAUACUGCAGAACCGGAACUCCAUCUCGUUCCGCGUGAGCGUGCCCGUCUUGUCGCUGAAGACAUAUUCGAUUUGCCCGAGCUCCUCGACGAGGGAUGAUGUCCUGCACAGCGCGGGCGUGUCCGAGUUGAUCAGCUGCGCCUGUUGGUACUUGACCACCUCCAUCGUGACGAUGAGCGAGAUGGGGAUCAAGUUGUUAUACAAAAUGAUGAAUGUCAAGAUGUCUGCGGACUACGUACCUCUUCCGGAAAUCGUCGAUGUCUCGAGCAGAUACCAUUGUUGGCUCGAGAAGAACCACUACGAAGCGUCAGCGAUUAAAUUGACCCACGCGACGUUGUCACUUACUGUGCGGAUGCUGCUACCAAUAGUCGACCCGAUAGACAGCGCAAGUAGGAACAAGAAGAGGAACACGAUGUGCACGUUCACCUGGCGCUCGACCGCCGUCCGCUUGAUGGGCGCAGCCGUCGCAUUCCGCAUCAGCUUCGUCUCGUGGCCGGUGAACACGACAAGGCCAUACGCCCAUGGCGUAUUCCGGAUUUGCGCUCCACGAAGCAACAACUGGUCGGGCCCGAGAGGAACCUGCUUCGGUACACCGCCGGCGGUGACGAGCUCGACCGUACCUUCUCGGAGGCUGGACCUACCCGUCGAGGUUGGACGUCUCGAUAUAGCAGAAACCCUCGGGCUCACUCGAACUGAGCAGGAGCACGUCCGCGGGAAUAAACUCGUCGCUUUCCAGGCGCAGCACGUCGCCGACCGCAAUGUCCUUCCAUUUCUUCUCGACGAACGUGCCGUCUGGCCCGAGCACUUUUGCUUUGCGCGCGUUGAGCUCCGAGUCGGACUGGUGCCGUUUCUGGACGAACGCAAACAGGGUAUACGGUGUACGGGCGACGGGCCAGUCGAGAGCGAGCGCGAGGUCGCGAACGAAUUCCUGACACUGCUCGCGGUGUGCCAUACGGUCAUUCCGGAAGUGCGCGACGGUAAGAUGCACUACCAGGCUAGCAGUCCGGACGAAGCUGCACUCGUAGCCGGCGCGGAGAUUCUGGGUUAUCAGUUCCACAUGCGGAAGCCGAAGUCCGUCUUUGUGAACAUGCACGGCACUUCACAGGAGUACGAGAUUCUCAACGUGUGCGAGUUCAACUCGACACGGAAGCGGAUGUCGACGGUCGUGCGCUGCCCGGAUGGGAAGAUCAAGCUCUUCUGCAAGGGCGCGGACACGGUCAUCCUCGAGCGCCUGAGUGAGAACCAGCCGUUCACGGAGAAAACCCUGCUACACCUGGAGGAUUACGCUACGGAUGGCUUGCGCACACUUUGCAUCGCCUGUCGCGACAUCCCCGAGGCAGAGUACCGGCAAUGGGUCACGGUCUACGACCAAGCCGCGGCGACGAUCAAUGGGCGCGGCGACGCGCUCGACAAUGCCGCAGAGCUCAUCGAGCGGGACAUGUUCCUGCUCGGAGCAACCGCUAUCGAGGACAAGCUUCAAGAGGGCGUGCCGGACACCAUCCACACGCUGCAAAUGGCCGGGAUCAAGGUGUGGGUGCUCACCGGUGACAGGCAGGAGACGGCUAUCAACAUCGGUAUGGCUUGCAGGCUGAUCUCGGAGUCUAUGAACCUGGUGAUCGUGAACGAGGAGACUGCGCACGAGACGGAGGACUUCCUGACGAAGCGCCUGAACGCGAUCAAGAGCCAGCGCAAUUCCGGCGACCAGGAAGAUCUCGCGCUCGUCAUCGACGGCAAGAGUCUCACCUUCGCCCUGGAAAAGGACAUCUCGAAGAUAUUCUUGGAGCUCGCUAUUCUCUGCAAGGCUGUCAUCUGCUGUCGUGUGUCCCCGCUGCAGAAAGCACUUGUCGUCAAACUCGUCAAGAAGAACCAGAAGUCUAUUCUGCUCGCAAUUGGUGACGGCGCCAACGACGUCAGCAUGAUCCAGGCUGCGCACGUUGGCGUCGGUAUCUCUGGUGUCGAAGGUCUCCAGGCCGCACGCGCGGCCGACGUUGCCAUCUCGCAGUUCCGGUACCUCAAGAAGCUGCUGCUCGUCCACGGUGCUUGGAGCUACACCCGUUUAUCGAAGAUGUUGUUGUACUCUUUUUACAAAAACAUCGUGCUGUACAUGACACAGUUCUGGUUCUCGUUCUUCAACAACUUCUCGGGCCAGAUCGCGUACGAAUCGUGGACACUAUCGCUCUACAACGUCGUCUUCACCGUCCUACCUCCUCUCGUCAUCGGUGUCUUCGACCAGUUCGUAUCCGCCCGCAUCCUCGACCGGUACCCACAACUAUACAUGCUCGGCCAAAAGAAUGCGUUCUUCACGCGCACGCAGUUCUGGGCGUGGGUCGCAAACGCGCUCUAUCACAGCAUCGUCCUGUUUGGGUUCUCGAUCAUUCUGUUCUGGGGAGACCUGAAGCAGGCAUCGGGACUGGACACCGGGCAUUGGUUCUGGGGAACAACGCUGUACCUCGCGGUGCUGCUGACUGUAUUAGGCAAGGCUGCGCUGGUGUCUGACCUCUGGACAAAGUACACUGUAGCAGUCGUCGCGCCGGCUAUCGGCUUCUCAACUGAGUACCGAGGCAUCGUCCCGCGACUAUGGACGGACGCGGUCUUCUACUUCGUCCUCCUACUCGUGCCCAUCUUCUGCUUGACGCGCGAUUUCGUAUGGAAAUAUUACCGGAGAACGUACAUGCCCGAGACGUACCACAUUGCGCAGGAGAUCCAGAAGUAUAACAUUCCAGAUUACCGUCCGAGACAAGAACAAUUCCAGAAAGCGAUCAAGAAAGUGCGCGCGGUGCAGCGCAUGCGGCGCAAUCGCGGCUUCGCGUUCAGUCAGACGGAGAACGCGGCGCGGCAGGACCAGGCGCGGCUCAUUCGCGCGUACGACACGUCCAAGACGGGCGCGCGACCGACGGGGUACUGA